AUGUCGGGCUGGACAACAAUCUGGGUCUUUCUCAUCGCCGCGGGUGCAAGUGGCGCCGUUUGGGUCACAACACCAAAGGGACCAAACCAGGUAUUGAUCCGCACAUCAGUAACCAUCGCUUUGACAUGCAUGUACCUCAUGUGGUUCAUCAUUUAUAUGGCACAGUUGCAUCCUAUCGUCAAACCAAAGCGAGGCGACGUUCGAUUCUUAGAACAUUAG